AAGCAACCGGACUAGGAGCAUCAGCACACCCGGUCUCUCCGGGAUUGGAUCAUCAAGAUAUCGGACUGCCUUCUGGUUCACUGGUUGUCACUAUGGUGACACCACUUUAUGAACAUCGAGGCGGCCACGUUAGUGGAACAUUGGGGGAGGAUGCUAAUAGAAGCAGGAGUGGGGCUGGAGGCCAAAUAAAGUUGUACUGUACCUUAGAGCACUCCAGACUUCUAUUGUCUUCGGAAGACCUGACGAGUCCUGGAGCAUCUGGCGUACUCGUCCGAGCCUUCGAAGUCCUCGGGAGACCUUCAUCGUCAGACGUAGAUUUAUGGGUAACUCCGUUAACCCAUCUCUCACGGCAUCUUCUAGCCACCAUUUCUGCUUGAAAUGAGCUAGAAGAAGAGGCUGAUGUUCUAAAAGAUGGGUAGAACUUGUUGGCACCUUUAGAAAUAGAUGGCAACGUGAUCUUUCAACGCCCUGACAUGAAUAGCAUGAGGAAAGACAUGGAGGUGACGAUCACGUAUCCCCAGAUUACAGGCGCGAUUGUCCCAUCGCAAGUACUGUUGGCUUUGCAUGAUGACGUCGGAAGCAGACUAGAGGAGAGGACAAGCUGGAACGUGAUUCCUAGUGUUACGGCUUCCCCUAAUCGUCCAUCUCCGGAAGCAUCUUGGAGAUGUUUUCAAGGGGAAAACGGAGUCAGGAUGGUCCUCGGGAUGAACAGUUGAGCUCUAAUACUAGGUUCGCAAAGGCGGCGAAAAAAUCUGCGCUUAUCUUGGAUCAAGCUGCUGCAAAAAUUUCGGUGUACUAUCGAGACGUCGCAGAAAGAGCUGUUAAGCGCAUUUCUAUUGGAGAAACUGCAAAAAUCUUGUUCGAGAUUUGUGCACUAUGAUAUAGUACCCCAUGAGCGGGCACAUCAAUCAAUCGAUCAAUCAAUCACUAGAUUCUUUCUUAUUAAAUCUUUGUAGCGUUUUUUACAUAUACAUAUGAAGCAUCAAGACUAAACAUUCGUGGCAGUACUUCACUAGAAAACUCUGAAUAUUGAUGCUACUGAAAAGCUAUCUCCAUUUAUACAUAGCUCUAGCUCUAACAAUUCCUGGGAGCAAGAAGACUCAGCAAAAACUCAAGAGCUGUUUACCGAAAUCAGAGCAGACGUGAUUGGUGGCUUUUUGAAUUUUGGCAUGAGCCUCAAGGACAUUCCUAAAGGACUCUGCCAAGCUGCAAUUGACCUGCUAAGCUAUUACGUGAAGCUAUCAGAUGCCGCCAAAGAUGUGCUGAGGAGGACGAUGGAUAUCACGUUUCGUGGAGAUCCAGAGGGAGGAGUUAGUUCUUCUCCAUCGUCUUCUUCUUCUCCAUCGUCUUCUUCUGCAUCAUCCCCAACAUCUUUCCAAGUAGCACGAAACACAUCGGCGUCUGCGCCCUCAGCCUGUGCUUCCAAAGCCUCUGCGGGUAUUGGAGAAGCAGAUUUAGCACAGCGGCUUAGUAUGAUGGGACUGGGCGGAGGUAUGAUGGAAAACUUGUCGCAUAUAGCACAAGUUUUCGGUUUGGGAAGUAGUUCAGGAGGUACGCUACAAGACGCAGGUGUCAGAGAACGAUAUCCAGGUCGACGUGUUGACGAUUUACCACUUGUUUUUGGCCAGUCCUCCUCGAUGGAGGAAAAUAGGAGUCGAGCAUCACGAGACCAAUUAGCCAGACAGUCACGAGAGGAAGUAUCAAGACAGUGGUUCCUGAGCCAAGAAUAUGUCCCGGGAACGCUACUUUUGGAGCUCAUCUUGAAUUGCAUGGACCCUCAAAGCAGAGCCUACCUGAACUUCUGUCAAAUGAGGGAGGACCUCCGUCAAGCGAGUGUACCUGGAAAAGCGCCAGCAAGAGGCGGAGCAGGGGCAUCUGGGUCGGGGGCACCAAGAGGCGGAACAGGGGCAUCUGGGUCUGGGGCACCAAGAGGCGGAACAGGUGGAGCGUCAGGAUCUGGAGGAAGAGGCGGAACAGGUGGAGCGUCAGGACCUGGAGGAAGAGGCGGAUCUGGGUCUGUAGCAUCAGGAUCUGGAGGAAGUGGAAAUGGGAGACGGAGGAGACCAUAAUAUUCUACUAGGUGGGAAGAUUUGAUGAGAAGGAGGGAUGUCUUCUCUUCUAUGAGAUUACACAGGUACAAAAUUGAAGAUAAUGAACUCUGUGAUUGGACGAAAAAUUUGCACGACAGAAUCAUGACACCACCGCUUAUAACGGCGGAAAAAAUGCCAUACUAGCUUUACCGGAAUCUACUCAAAUUUUCGCUAAUUAGAAAAAACUAAAAGCCUUGCGAUGCUGAUGGAAUUCUCAUCACCAAACGUUUACGUUGCGAUGUACCAAAGAAGCCGCAAGCACAAAGACAACUACGUUGAUGCAAUGUCUACCUAUCGCAAAUGUUAAAAAUUCGACGAAGUGCAUUUUUGUGGUUUCGUUCUUUUGUCCACAGACAUGAUGUCAGAUGUCGUGGCAAAAAAUGCAUUGGAAAGUGG